AUGCCGCCGCAAGACGGGCGCUCACUCUCAGGCAGCCACGUGGCACGACGCCACAGGUCGCUGCAGGACCAGCCAACGGCCGUCCCACCGCCCAGCACAGGCAAAGACGCUCCCGCCACCAACGGACCUGCCAUUAACUCACCUGUCAACUCACCUUCUGUUAACUCACCUUCCAUUGGCUUACCGGCCAUUCGCUCACCACCAUCCGCGCCUGCUCCUCCCGUCCCUGCUAAUUCACCCCCUGUUGAUCCGGGAACGGACGAAAAUGGCAACCCGGUGAAACCGGGGGAGGUGGCGUUUCAGCGGAACGUUCCGCCGUCCCCGCCGCCCCCACCGCCGCCCCCUCCGGUCGUCUCUUUCAUGCAAGGCACCUACAUCAACUGCGGCAGCAACGAAUCGCUCAAGAACCCGCUGUACACCUGGGAGGCGGAUCCCUUUUCGGGCAGGUUCGGGAGGAUUUUCCGGGCAGGCGUGAUCAAGACGACGAUGAAUCGGACGGUGGCGGCGGGCAGGAUGGGGAAUGGGAAGGUUGAGUUUAGAGAGACUGGGUUGCUGAAGACGCCCCCAGGGGUGGAUGCGCGGGUGUUUGAGACAGUGCGGUUCUUUAAUGACCUCGCUCCCAACGUUUCUACUUACACAAUUCCGGUGAGUGCUGGCUGGAAGGGUGGCAGGAUGGGGUAUGGCAGGAUGGGAAAGGGGAAGGUGGAGUUUAGCGAGACGGGGGUGCUGAAGACGCCGCCUGGGGUGGAUGCGCGGGUGUUUGAGACAGUGCGGUUCUUUAAUGACCUCGCCCCCAACGUCUCCACUUACACAAUCCUGGUCCCCGGCCCUCCCACCAACGUGUUUGUCCGCCUGUACUUUGCUGAGAUCAUCUACACGACAGCCAAGCUGCGGCGCUUCCACGUGGCAGUGGAGGGCGCGCCCGUGCUGACCAACUACAGCGUGCCACGUGGCACUGUGCGAGUGGAGGAGUUCGUUGUGCCCGUUCUGGACGGCUCUGUGGACAUUGCGUUCAUCCGGGGGGAGAUUGGCGAGCCCAUGAUCAGCGCCAUUGCGGUGGUGCCACUCACAGCCGGCAUGUACAACCUCUCUGCCCCCACUGCCACAUCGCGCAUCAUGGCCACGGACUAUCGCUUCGGCUGCGGUCUCUUCCUCCCGAUCACCGACCUCACUCAGAGGAUUUGGAAUCUGCUACCCUCUGAGGUCUACACGCCCAAGGACCCCGGGUCACGGCGCUACAACAAAACCGAGUCAGCGGCCCUCACGUGGCCGCAGACUGCUGACAACGCCGACAAGCCGCCCUUCAUGUUCCCCCUCGACCUCACCACGGCGGGGUUGCACUCAGUAGAGUAUUCCAGCUACGCGGGCUACAACGACAACACCUUCCUCAACUUCUCCCUCCCCGUCGACCCCAACACCGCCUACCGCAUCGACCUUGGAUUUGAGGAGCUCUGGUACUACUACACUGCGCGUCUGUUGGACAUCUAUGUGGACAGCGAGCUGAUGGUCAAGGAGCUUGAUCUGGCCACUGUGGCGGGUGUUGGUGUGCCCUUUGUCGUCACACUCAAGGCUGUCUCGGGUCCUUCAGGCUUCAUGAACAUUUUUCUCAACACCUCCACCAACUCCCUUCACAACAACGUGUUCAUAAGCACGCUAGAGCUUUUCCGAGUGAUCCCCAUCGACCCCACCAACCAGGCUGCUCUCCUCUCUGCCGCCAAGCCUCUCCCUCCGCCCGCUCCCUUCGCUGCUGCUGACACCACCGCCGCUUCUGCCUCAUCCCAGUCCUCCUCUGCUGCGCUAGGCAUAGGCAUAGCGGUGGGCAUGGGGAUCAUUCUCCUCCUCCUCGCCUCGCUCGCCACCUGCAUCGUUCUCAGAGCUCACUACCGCAACAGGCAGGGACGCAUUGCAGCAGCGGCCGCAGCAGCAGCAGAAGCAGAGGCAGGCUACUACGACGGCACUUCUUCAGCCAAGUCCAAGAGCGGCUCUGGUGGUGCUGCUGGCGGUGGCGGUGCUUUCUCCGACAGUGGAAUCCUGGCUCUCAUCUCGGGCAAAUUCGGCUCCUCUGCAGAAGAUGACAAGCACAAGGCGUUCAAGAAUCUCGACGCCGAAGCCACGGCCAAGACUGGUCUCUUAGGAGCGCGCAUAUUCACCCUCGCUGACCUCCACACCCUCACCCGUGGUUGUCCUCCCUCCCCCUCCCCUUUCUCUCGAUACGACAAGCACAAGGCAUUCAAGAACCUGGACGCCGAAGCCACGGCCAAGACCGGCCUCUUUGGAGCGCGCAUCUUCUCCCUCGCUGAGCUCCGCCGAGCCACCGACGAUUUCGCCCCGGGGAACCUCAUCGGGCAGGGCGGGUUCGGCAAGGUCUACCGAGCCACGCUCGGAGGCUCGGCACGCGACGACAGCGACACCGAAGGCUCGGCGCCCGCCGUGCCCGGGUUCGAGGUCGCGGUGAAGAGGCUCGGGUCGGGGUCGCAGCAGGGGGCUUCGGAAUUUCUGACUGAAGUACAGCUGCUGAGCCGGCUGCAUCAUAAGAACCUGGUGAACCUGAUUGGGUACUGCGAUGAGGACCCCAACCAGCUGAUCCUGGUGUAUGAGUAUGCUCCCAAUGGGACACUCAAGGACUAUCUCAGAGGUGCAGCUGCUGAGCUGGCUGCAUCAUGGGACUCACAAGGACUACCUCCGAGGUACAUGCGUGGUGGUGGUGCUGCUGCUGCUCUCUUAGUUGUGUGCACUGGUACUUAUCCCGUACUUCUGUCUACCCCCAUUCUUCCCAAACACACACCUACAGACGUGGUGCGCGUGAAAUCGCUCUCCUGGGAGCGUCGGCUGCGCAUCGCCACCACGUCCGCCAAGGGCAUUGAGUACCUUCACAACGGCGCCUCUCCUUCGGUUAUCCACCGUGACAUCAAGACGUCCAACAUUUUGCUCGACUAUGCCUUCAACGCCAAGGUCGCUGACUUUGGUCUCUCCAAGCUCGGCAAGAAGGCCCCUGCCACCAUCGGCAUGGGCGUGGAGGAGAAAUCAGAUAUGAGCCACAUCAGCACGCGCGUCAAGGGCACUCUCGGCUACCUGGACCCCAUGUGCUACACGAAGCAGCACCUGACAGACAAGAGAGAUGUGUUCAGCUUCGGGGUGGUGCUGCUGGAGCUGCUGCCCAUCCCUGCACUGCUCUUCUUCACUGCUUCUUCUCUCUCUUCACCUGUUUCUCCCCCACACCCCACCAGGCUACCUGGACCCCAUGUACUACACGAAGCAGCACCUCACGGACAAGAGCGACGUGUUCAGCUUCGGAGUUGUGCUGCUGGAGCUGCUCACAGGCCGCCUGCCCAUCUGGCAGGAAGACGAUGCUUCUGGGCUUCAGAACGGGGGCGAGUCACUGAUUAA